GCUGCAGCAGCGUGCAUCACUUCCACUUUGACCUCAUAGUUAAUCUGCGUGAUAGUUAAUCGCGCAGAGACUCUUUGAUUUUUUUUAAAAUUUCUUUUAAACACACACACACAUACACACACACACACACACACACACACACACACACACACAGCCUUAGCCCUGCCUGCCCUCACUAAAAGAAAAAAAUCAAAACAGCAAACAAAUAAUCCUAAAACGAUGGACCGGGGGAGUAUGUGUAAGUGUCAGGGGCAGGAGUAUGUGUAGAGUGUGCGCGCAUCUCUCUCCCUUAUUUGUCUCGGUGUGCGUUUCUCCCUGUACCCUCCCCCUGCCUCAAAUACAUUAUUCCCCUAGUCUUGGAAGCCGCUCCCAGAGCUGACGCUUUGAUGGUAUCUGCAAGCGUUUGUGUUGAUCUUAUUUCUGCCCCCUGAAUAUUAAUUCCCAGAGCUGAUGGCAACACAGCAUCUCAGUGAAGGGACCUACUAGAGGCAGGUGGGGGGAGCCACCAUCAGAUCAUAAGCAUAAUAAUAAUACAAAGGGGAGGGAUCCUUCUGCAACCAAGAGGCUAGAGGCAGAGGAGGAAAAAAAGCGAUGAGUCCGACAAAUAUAUGGAGCACAGGAAGCUCAGACUACUCGACUCCUGUAUUUUCACAGAAAAUGACGGUGUGGAUUCUGCUCCUGCUAUCGUUCUACCCUGGCCUCACCAGCCAAAAAUCUGAUGAUGACUAUGAAGAUUAUGCUUCUAACAAAACAUGGGUCUUGACUCCAAAAGUUCCUGAGGGGGAUGUCACUGUCAUCUUAAAUAACCUCCUGGAAGGAUAUGACAAUAAACUUCGGCCUGAUAUAGGAGUGAAACCAACGUUAAUUCACACAGACAUGUAUGUGAACAGCAUCGGUCCAGUGAAUGCCAUUAAUAUGGAAUAUACAAUUGACAUAUUUUUUGCUCAAACGUGGUAUGACAGACGUCUGAAAUUUAACAGCACCAUUAAAGUCCUCCGAUUGAAUAGCAACAUGGUAGGGAAAAUCUGGAUUCCAGACACUUUCUUCAGAAACUCCAAGAAAGCUGAUGCACACUGGAUAACCACCCCUAAUAGGAUGCUGAGAAUUUGGAAUGAUGGUCGAGUGCUCUACACUUUAAGGUUGACAAUUGAUGCAGAGUGCCAGUUGCAGUUGCACAAUUUUCCAAUGGACGAACAUUCCUGCCCCUUGGAGUUUUCCAGCUAUGGCUAUCCACGUGAAGAAAUUGUCUACCAAUGGAAGCGUAGUUCUGUUGAAGUAGGUGACACAAGAUCGUGGAGGCUUUAUCAAUUUUCAUUUGUUGGACUGAGAAAUACCACUGAAGUAGUGAAGACAACUUCUGGAGAUUAUGUGGUCAUGUCUGUCUACUUUGACCUGAGCAGAAGAAUGGGAUACUUCACCAUCCAGACCUACAUCCCCUGCACACUCAUCGUUGUCCUAUCCUGGGUAUCUUUCUGGAUCAAUAAGGACGCUGUUCCAGCCAGGACUUCUUUAGGUAUCACCACUGUCCUGACAAUGACCACCCUCAGCACUAUUGCCCGGAAGUCACUCCCCAAGGUCUCCUAUGUCACAGCAAUGGAUCUCUUUGUAUCUGUUUGCUUCAUCUUUGUCUUCUCUGCUUUGGUGGAGUAUGGCACCCUGCAUUAUUUUGUCAGCAACCGGAAACCAAGCAAGGAUAAAGACAAAAAGAAGAAAAACCCUCUUCUUCGGAUGUUUUCCUUCAAGGCCCCUACCAUUGAUAUCCGCCCAAGAUCAGCAACCAUUCAAAUGAACAAUGCCACUCACCUUCAAGAGAGAGAUGAAGAAUAUGGGUAUGAGUGUCUCGAUGGCAAGGACUGUGCCAGUUUUUUCUGCUGUUUUGAAGAUUGCCGAACAGGAGCUUGGAGACAUGGGAGGAUACAUAUCCGUAUCGCCAAAAUGGACUCAUAUGCACGGAUCUUCUUCCCCACUGCCUUCUGCUUGUUCAAUCUGGUUUAUUGGGUUUCCUACCUUUACCUGUAAAAGAGGUAUGGGUUUUAUUGAUGUGGGUCUUAUUCACUAAAUCUCAUGGAGAGGAGAUGUCCUUUCUAAAGUCCACUUAAAUAAUCCCCUGUGUGGUUUAUGAUAAUUUGAAUUUGUUUCUAUGUUCUAACCUGCUAAAUUGUAUUAAUGUCAUAUUGUUUGCGCCCAACUCUCCUGUGGUAAGUGUAAUUUGAACUCUAAUGUUUGCUGUGUUUCAAACCUGCAAGGCAGAGUGAAAUUAGAGCAAGAACACUGAAAUGAACAAGAUACCUUUCAGCUACAACAACUGAAAUAGUGAAAGCCAUGACUGUUUACAGUGGUGGUGUCCUUAAUCAAUUCAAAAUACAAUUAGAUGCAAAAUGUCCAAAACUGCACCCUAUGUUCAUUUGGGGGCAGGUUGUGGUAAAUUUUAUCCCAGUAGAAUAUCUCCCUCAUUUGAGAAAAAUCACAAGUCACUUUAAAUAUAAGAGCCUAGACUAGAAAUCUAUUACACCUCUAUCCCAAGAUAGGAAGAAAUUUUCCUCCACAUCACAUGUACAAUGAUGUAAAUAUUUCAAUAACGUAGAAUGCUUCAAGUUUAAUGCAUGCAUCUCUUUAGAACCAAAAUAAAUGGAAUGAAGUUAACAUCACAAAGCAUUGUCUUUUAUUCUGUGUCUUUGGGCAAUAAAAGAAUCAUGAAUGUAACGAUAAGGGUUUGGGUUUGGAAUUGGAGGGAGGAAUUUUCUCUACCUUCUCCCUCACGCAUGAAGAUUCAAACAGCUUUUUUUUUUUUUUUCUUUUCCUUGUAGGACAGAUUAGAACACUUUAAGUAAAAUAUAGACUGAAUAAUUGACAUUUGCCACUUCUAAAUGCCCAAUUUCAUAGAGUAUAAAGUAAUUGUAUGUGCUUGCCGCUAUUUUUUCUUCCUUUUAGGUUGAUAGAUUAUAACAGAACUUAUUCUCCAUCUCAAGAUCUGCUUCUAGUGAUUGUGAGUGCCUUGUGGGCAGAAUCCUUGUCAUUUCCUCUUUGGGUCCUCAGCACCUUAUAUAGUGCCUAGCACAUAGUUGGUGCUCAACAGAUAGGGUUUGAAGUAAAUUGGCUUCAUAUGAUUCUGUGAAUCUCUCUGAGCUGGCCUGGAACCAGUGACUCAUCUUUUGAACAUAGGCAUGGUCAAGUGAUACUUGAUCUUGUGAAAAUGAACAAAAGGAUCCAAAUAACUUUGCCUAAAAUAAAUUUUUGAUAAUGAACAAUAAUAGCCAAAGUCCACACUCCUUUUAAAAUAAUACUUAAGUCAUAUGUUUCUGCAAAAAAAAAAAAAAAAAAAAAAAAUGAGUCUACUAGGGCAUAAUUAGAGUUUGUGUAUUUUUUUCCAGGUUUGGGGAUGAGUUAGCUUUGACCCAUCCAUAAUUCCACUUGAAGACAUAGGACAGGCAAGAUCAGGAAUCAUACCUGACUAGUGUUCAGAAUGUUGUUUUCUAUGCUCUGUAAAAAAAAAAAAAAAUGCACUGAAAAUUAACUUCUAAAAAUAAAACAAGAAAUGAAUGACUUACAUGGAGGUUGAACCUAUGACUGUGGCUUCUUUCAACUAAAUGAUAAUCACAUGAAGUGGUUGUCCCAGACUUCAAACAUGAUGAGUUGAGCUCCACCUUUAAGUACUCAUCCUGAAUCCCCUUUUUUCUAAAAUAACACCCUUUGUCAGUUCUUCUUUAUAGCAACCAUUUCUUAAAGUCAGAAUUCAAUCAUAGCCAGUAUAACUUGCUAGAUAAUCUAAAAAGAGUAGAAAAGAAAGAGUGGCUUUGUUAUAAAGCUAUGUGAAGUCCUCAUUGAGUCAUCUGGAUGAAUCUUGAAACACAUUUAGCUGCCAAUUUUACAAAUCUUUAAUAUAUCAGUACUCUCAUAUAUAACCUCAAAGACAUGUAAAUAGAAUUAAUUAUUUUCAUGUUUUGAAUGUUAACAAUUUAAUGUUGACUCUUUAGGAGAGUUGUCGGCAAAUUUUCAAUGGUGAGAAACACAUUAUUGUCAACUUGAAAUGUAUACUGUAAUGGGGACAUGCAAAAAAAAAAAGCUAGCUUUCCAAUGUAUGCAUAGUACUGGCAGUAUGAAUAUAUGUUAUAUAUAAUCUUAAUUAUUAGCUGCUCCCCAUCUGUGUAUUUCAAAACCUUUUCACAAAGGGAAUUGCCUAAUAUGUGGACUUUUCCAAUAAAAAUGCUGCAUUCUAAUUGA